AUGAACCAGGUGUUGCUGGCGCUGCUGCUGCUCGUGACGGCGGCGCGCGCGCAACUCCGUCCCGCAGACGCGCCGCCUGCCACCAACGAUACACAAUGCGGUGCAGAGUGUGUACGAUGUGCAGCGGACGGGUGCGUCAAGUGCGCUCGGCUACUCGUCUGGCCCGGCGGCUCGUGCACGCACGACUGCCCCGCGGGCACUCGCGAGUCCUGGGCCCACGAUGACCAUCUCAUGGGUCGCGUGUGCUAUCCUGCCCAUACGUAUAACGAAGUACUAGUGGGCGUCGCGUGCGGUGCGAUUAUUUGCAUAGCGUUAGUAGCGGCUAUUGCUGCGUACGCGCGUUGUCGGAGUCACGCGCGGUCGCAAGCGCAGCCUCUGCCACAGCCUAACCAGGAUGAUGACGCACAACUACGCGAGUUUCACAAACAGCUCGAUUGUUUGAGACCACAUGCAUAUACUUUGCUGGCGAUACUAAAUCAUACACGGCAUCAAGUACGAGAACUCUAUCAGCUUGGAAACAAUGACGCAGCAAUGGCGUACAGUUGUGUGCUGAGUGACCUCGCAAAGCUGUUAAUACUUCUAAACAAACAACAUGUACCUGUGGUACCAGAUGAGUGGCAACGGCUUGCUAGUUGGGCUGAAAGAAUAUUAAAACGUUACCGUCGUGUAAGUUUGGGGCAGCAACAACAAGAACAAUUGGUAAAUUUCCUGCCAUCGCCACCGAGUCAGGGAUCGGGUUCAGAAACUACCCAACAAUCUUUCACGACCUUCAAACCACCUUCUUAUUCUCCAUCUUCCUUUGAAAGUCACAUACUGGACAAAGAUUUAGAAAACCAGUGCGCUUGGAGCGACACAGGAAGACCGCCGAGCUAUUCACAGAUAGAGAGAGAAAGUGAAACUAUUGUCCUCUCGGAUCCUUGGGAGAGGCGCCCUAUAGUUAGAAGAGAAAGCGUAUGGUUAGAGGACGAACUCUUUGAAAUGACGAGGCGGCCUCAAGACGAACUCACGACGGAACUGUAAACUUAGUUUAUUCUUAUGCAAUUAUAACAAGUACAAAUUUCGCUAGAAUAUAUAUAUUUUUUAAUUUAAUUGCAAGAUCUAUGAACUGAAGGUAUGAUUGUGGUGCUUUUGUUGUAUGGUAGAUGAAGCACCAGCUUUAAAAAUAAUAAUAAUAAUAAGUAAAUAGUUUUAUGUGGCGCCUCUGAGUAUUCUCUUCUCUACCGUAUGCUUAUAUUUUUACCACAGUGACAAAUAAAGAUUACAUACAACAAGUGUUAAGUAAACGGAGCAUGUGAUCCUCCUCAAUUUGGAUAAAUCGUUUUAGUUCAAAUUAUUAAGUAAAUAAAGACAUUGUUCUUUUUAUUGAACCAAUUUUAUAAUAAGUAAUGUAAACUUAUAAAGCGCAACCAAAGUAGGUAGGUAUAAAAUAUAUGUCUAGUCUAAUUAGUAUUCUUCAUCGGCAACACUUAACGCAAUAUUUCUCUUGGCACUUAAAUUUAUUAAAAAUUUUGUUUCAUUUUACAGCUUUAACUUUCACAAUACCACCGCACUUAGAUACUCUAUACGUAACAAACAAAAUUGAUUUAACAAGAAGUAAGAGACAAAAAAAGUAAAACGUCCACCUAAUAAAGUUCUACUAAAAAUUCUUAAUAAGGAAUAUAUCUACUGCUAAUAAAGAUACUUUAGAAUAAAAUUAAAUUUACAAUGUUAAAACAACGACCUAGACUAGACGAUCAUUUAUAUAAAUAUAAUGUAAGAUGUUGAUAUGUUUAUGAAUUUUCAUGUUUGUUAAUAAAAAAAAAUGAGUGCA